AUGCUUGCGCUUCUCCCAGUGUUGGCGUUAUUUUCGUACGGAGCUCUUGGUGUCCCUACAGAUCUUAUUGUUCGAGACGCUUCAACAGACCUUGUCGCCAGGAGUGUUGUAGAUGACUUCAAUAAUUUUAUCUCCAGUGUUUCAGAUAAAAUAAAUGUGGAUGAGAUCAAGCAAGGCAUCCUCCCGGAUUUCUUUUCAAAUAUUCCAGACGAGCAAGGAAUUAAGGAUCAACUGGGGCUCAACGACACUCAAAUCGAUGAGCUUCCUCUCGAAGUCUUAAACAUUCCUGGCUACGCAAACUACACAGGCCGCGGCUGGAACCUGCGUAUUCAUGGACAGGCAUACAAGCAGCCUCUCUCCCCAAGAACUACAGUCUCAAAUGUGACUCUUGAUAAGGCAGCAAAUGUUUUCCUUCCGGAUUUAGACAUAGACCAGCUGCAACCGCAUGAAAAAGACAAUGCGAGAAAUCUUACGAGCGCCAUUUUAUCUUUACCGCAGGAGGAUGUACAGUUGGUUUUCACAUUGAAUGUAGCAGAAGGUCAGAACUUCAGCGGCGGAUGGAACGGGGAAAUACAAUGGGGGAAGUUAACCGAUUCAAGAGGAGAAAUCGAUGGUUUUGUUCAACUUCCCGCGAGUGCGAAUGAUUUGCCACCUGGUAACACUACCACGCAAAUCACCAGGUUGGAUAUUCAUACAAAUGGCACUGACACUGGUAAUGCAACUGGCUACCUUGUACCCAACCAAGGGAUCACGAUCAUCUCCGACAUAGAUGACAUCCUGCGUGUUACCAAGAUCUACCAACCUCAAGAGGGCUUACUUAACUCAUUUGCUCGUGACUUCGUCCCUUGGUUAAAUAUGCCUUCUAUCUAUGACACUUGGUCGACUCAACACCCUGAGAACCCAUACCACUUCCAUUACCUCACUACUACACCAGAGCAAGCUACGAGGGUCUAUAUGCAGUUCAUAUAUCACACAUACCCUGUGGGAUCCUUUGACACCCGCCCUCUGAAUUUUACUACCGUCGAUCAGACAUUUUCCGUUAGGAAGACCUUGCUGAAUAAGAUUUUUGAGACCUUUCCGCAACGUCAGUUCGUACUUGUCGGUGAUACCACAAAUAACGAUGUGAUGAAGGAUUACCCAGAGUUGGUGACACGUUUUCCAGGCCAGGUUGCUUGCAUCUUGCUGCGGAAUACUUCCGCUACAGAUAGUGGAAAUAAGUUCCCCUAUGAUACAAGUGGAUUUGAGAACCUGAAACAGGAACAGUACAUGUUCUUUAACACACCGGAUGAUCUUACGGGACUUGAUUUCACGAGAGGAGACUGUCGGAAUAACAGUGCACAGCUGGGAACUGUAGAAUUUGGAUGGCAGGGGUUGCCUUUUGAUAGCAGUGCUAUUAGUAGGAAGGGAACAGCGACAGUGUGGUCUGCACUUUUUAUGAUGGUGAUUGCAGUAUUUUGGUGA